UAAUUAUUCAAUUUUAUACUUAACUUUUUAAUUAUAUUUUGAUUUAAAUAAACACUUUAAUGACUUCAUCAAAAUUAGGGAUUUAGGGUGAACACAAACUCAUAAACAAAAGGGAGAAGAACUUGGUCAGAUCUGCUUAGAAAACAAAAUCCCUUUUUCUUGAAGAACACUAUUUCUUCUUUAAUAACUCGUCACCCUCCUCUGGUUUUUAGCUCAUUCUUCCUUCCUCCAUAACCCCUAACCCAGUAAUCACCCUUUUUCGUGUUUUCUCUCUCCUCCCCACCGCCUCACUCCCAUUUCUCCAUUUUCUUUCCACAAUCUAAUUUUCAUUUUCAAUUUCAAUUUCCCCAAAUUUUCAAUCUCAGAAAACCCCCAAUUUUCUCACAAGAACCCUAGAUUAAUCGAAGAAAAAACAAUGGAAAUCUCAUCAAAUCAAAUAACUCCAUCACCAAUUCUGAUAUUCUUACCAAUUUUCCUCACAAUUUACCUAACUGGGUACUCCCUAAUCUUCAAGAACUGGCCCCCGAAAUUCCGCCCAGAAGCCGCAAGCUGCUUCAUCUCCCUCUUCCAUGGCACCCCAGCUGCAAUCCUCGCCAUUUUCUCUCUCCUCAACUCCCCCCACACGACCUACUUUUCCCAAAAUACCCUCCUCCAGAACACCAUCCUUGAAUACAGCAUCUCCUAUUUCAUCAUGGAUUUGACUCAUUACCUAAUCUUCUACCCCUCCGACGUUCUCUUCAUUGGGCAUCAUUUAGCCACCCUCUUCGUGUUCGUCACUUGCCGCUUCGUCGUCUCCCAUGGCGCAUUCUCCAUCUUAAUGCUCCUCAUUUUGGCCGAGGUCACAAGCUUGUUGCAGAAUCUAUGGACGUUGGCGAACGCCAGGAAGGAAGAACUUGAAUCUGCUGCAAGAGUUUUCGCCAUUUUAUCAAUCCCAUUCUAUGUAAUGUAUACGAUUGCUAGGGUUUUUCUGGGACCGAUUUUUGUGUAUAAGAUGAUUUCUUCGUUCUUGAGAGGAGAUGGAGAUGGGAUUAUACCAAUUUGGGUUAUGAUUUCUUGGAUUUGUGUGAUUGCAAUGGCGAUUUCUGUUAGCAUUUUGUGGGUUUCCAAUUUAUGGGUUGAUUUGUUUAGACAAUGGAGGAAGAAGAAAGUUCAAUAGGGGUAUAAUUGUAAUUUUGGUUCUUGUUGCAAAUAUAAAUAUAGCAUACGUUUAUGUUUUGCAUUUUGA